AUGUCGACCAUCCACUUUGACAAGAUGCCGCGGAAGCUGUGGGAGCAUCCGAACCGCGAAAACACCAUCAUGUGGCGGUUUAUGAAGGACGCAAACAGAAAGUACGGUCUUAAUCUCCAGUCGUUCACUGAGCUGUACAAGUGGUCGUGCAACAACCGCAGCGACUUCUACCGCCACCUCUGGGAAUAUGUGCCCUACAUCCACGAAGGCACGUAUACGCGCGUGGUCGACGAAGCGAUUCCCAUCACGGAGUUGCCGAGGUGGUUUGAAGGCGUGAGGAUGAACUGGGCUGAAAACGCACUCUACAGCCGAGAUGCGUCGUCGUCGUCGUCGUCGUCUGCAUCCCCAGGAGCUCUUUGCAAGCUGCACAAGGAAGAUGACGGGAUCGCUUUCACAGAGAUUAGAGAGGGCAACACCGACAUUCGACAUGUGUCGUGGGGUGAGUUACGGAGGGAGGUUGCGCUGAUGGCGGCCGCGCUGAAGGAGCAUGGGCUGGAGAGGGGGGAUCGGGUGGUUGUUGUGGGAGGGCAUUCGCUGAGCACGUACGUGGUGUUUCUGGCGACGAUGUGGUUGGGGGCGAUUGUGAGCUGCAGUUCGACGGAUAUGGGAGUUGGAGGGCUGUUGCAGAGAUCGGUGCAGAUUAAUCCAAAGUUUGUCUUUUUCGACGAUGGCGCCUUGUACAAUGGCAAGACGAUUGAUCUCAGGGACAAGAUCAAGGGCAUGAUGGAGGGCAUGGCAGGCUGUGACCAGCUCAAGUCAUUCGUCAUCAUCCAGCGCUUUGCAAAGCCCCUGGACACAAGCUCCAUCCCCAAGACGCAACGCCUCGAGACGUUCCUCCAAGCAGGCGUCAACAAGCCUCCUCCAGCUUUCGUCAGAGUCGAGUUCCAAGAGCCCGGCGUUAUUGUAUUUUCAUCAGGGACAACAGGCACGCCCAAAGCCAUCGUCCAUGCCGUGGGACCAAUGUUUCUGUCGUGUAGCAAGGAGAACCAUGUCCACCGCGACAUUCAGCACCACGAUGUCGGGCUGCAGUUUACCAUCACGGGGUGGAUCAUGUAUCUGGGGAGCAUAUCGCCCAUGGUAUACGGCGCGCGCUGCGUGGCAUAUGAUGGUUCGCCGCUUGUGCCUGAUUCAAAGGUGUUGCUGCGGAUUGCGGCGGAGCAGAAGGUUACGAUUCUGGGGGCUGGACCGCGGUUGAUGGGGGAGUGGAUGAAGGAGAAAAUUGUGCCAAGGGAAGAGUUUGAUCUGGGGAGAUUGAGGACGGUGAUUUCGACGGGGAUGGUGCUGCCGGAGCGCAUGUUUGAGUGGUUCUACGAUCAGGGGUUCCCGGCGAGGGUGCAGUUGGCCAACAUUACAGGGGGGACAGAUAUCGCUGGUGCUUUUGCCCAGGAGAACCCCCUGGAUCCCGUCUACGUCGGCGGCUGCCAGAACGGCUCCCUGGGCGUCCCCAUCGCCGCCUUUGACCACGAUCUCCCCGACGGCAGCACCGGCACUCCGCUUCCUCCCGGCCAGGCAGGCGAUCUCGUCGCCACGGCGGCCUUCCCCAACGUGCCCGUGUUUCUCUGGAACGACGGGCCCGGACCUGCUCCCGGACCAAAGUACCGGGCGGCGUACUUUGAGCGCUUCAAGGGCGUAUGGGCCCAGGGGGACUUUUGCGCCAUCCACCCCCUUACGGGCGCGGUCCAUCUGCUGGGACGGUCAGACGGGGUGCUGAAUCCGAGCGGAGUGCGCUUCGGGAGCGCGGAUAUCUAUGCCGUGAUGGAGAAGUGCUUCCCGGACGAGGUUGCGGAGAGCUUGUGCGUUGGACAGAGGAGGUCCCAGGAUGCGGACGAGCGGGUGGUGCUGUUUGUGGUGAUGAGGGCUGGGCUGAGGCUUGAUGGGGGACUGGUGGAGAGGAUCAAGGGGGCGGUUGCGAGGGAGUUGACUAAGAGGCAUGUGCCCAAGUAUGUGUUUGAGGUUCCCGAGAUACCGGUUACGGUGAAUGGCAAGAAAGUCGAGAUGCCGGUCAAGAAAAUCAUCUCGGGGGAGACGGUCAAGCCGAGCGGCACGCUGCUGAACCCGCAGUGCUUGGACCACUUUUACCGGUAUCAGAAGAUUGAGGAGGUGGAGGAGCCGCGAGCCAAGUUGUGA